UCAUUACGUAGUUGCUUAAGAAAGUUAAAUUAAAUUAGCCGCAGUCUACAAAAUACACCAUGAAUUCCUGUAAGAUAUUCUUGUCAAUAAUGUUCAUCGUGUCCGAAGCUUUUCAAGAUUUCUCGUAUACCCCAAUUUCGGCGAUGAAUUUUAACGUUCUUCACAGAAAUACUGAAACUAUACACACAACGAUGAAUAAGAUGUUUAAAUCGUUGAAAUUAAGGAAGAGUUUUAAGGAGUCCACGAAAAUACGACUGUUGUUAACUAUGCAUAAGAAUUUAAUAAGCAUUUUAAGAAAUAGCUAUAAAAACCGUGAAGUUGAUAAUAAUGCUGAUAACAUAACUAUAAAAGAAUAUCCGAAUAACAAUAUAAUAGAUGAAAUAUUAGAAGAAGAACAUUGGCAGCAAUUUUUUUCCCCAAAUGAAACGGCACAAAAUAGCACAGCCAAUUCAGAUGGCCUAACAGAGCAUGUAACUUGGCACCUUCAACAAUUUCUUUUGAAAAUAGAUGAAAUUAAGAAGAAGCAUCAGAAUAUAAACAACGAUACUCUCUCUGAUAAAAAUUCUACUAAUACACAAAACAAAACAUUGACGAGGAGAUCUGGAAGAAGAAUGACUCAACUUAAGGCUUGGAUUCCAGAUGCAGACCAAAACCUUACUAAUAUCAACAGAAGAAUCUACAACAGUAAGAGAACUAAAAUCAAAAAGUAUCCCUUCAUGGCUAGCGUCCACUUGUCAGGAGACUUCAUCUGCGCUGGUUCCAUCAUCAGCAGAGACCUCAUCAUCACGUCAGCAUCGUGCUUGCAAAUAGCCUAUCUCCACCGUCACAAUCAACAGUUCAAAAGCAAUGUCUCAGUCAGAAUCGGCAGCGACUUCGCCACCCACGGUGGCGAGUUCGUAGCCAUCUCUCAAAUCUACUUCCAUCCCCUUUACAACCCCGAGAACUUGAAGAACAACCUGGCAAUCUUGAGGAUGAACAAACAUCAACACUUCUCGAAAAAGAGGAAGAUCAGAAGAAUUGUGUAUGACAAAACAACGGGCGACUUGGCGAAUAAUGUGAACAGGGUUACGAUCGUUGGGUGGGGUGCGAAAAAUGAACUCAAUCUCCAAGACCCUUCAACUAAACUUUCACUCGGUCAUCUCGAUCUAUACGAUUUAGGAGAAUGUAAAGCUGUGUAUUCCACUUUCUACGUGAAUGAGCAAAACUUCUGCGCUGGGUUUAUCUCCAAAGGCUCUGGAGCAUGCGAUAAAGACGUCGGUGACCCUGCUGUCGUGGCUGGAGUUUUGGUGGGUGUAGUGAGCUUCGGACCCCCACUCUGUGGCACUCCAGACGCUCCUACAGUCUUCACCAGGCUUGGCAUGUAUGUGAGCUGGAUCGACGGCAUCAUAAGGAUGGAUCCAACUAAAAUUACUAAAAGCAAGCCCAUUCUAAGAAUGCCCAUUGUAAGAUCUUCAACCCAAAAACGUAAAGGGGUGUACGGACUUGGGCGUAUAAGUUUCGACUACCCUGAAGAUUUUUUUAUCUUGAACAAGAUAUUGACAAAUAUAUCUAGACCAAACGCGUAUGAAGUUAAAGACUUAAUCAACGAGGGAUUUAACAAGGAAAUCUUUGAAGAUGUGGUGACACCUCGAAUGGACAUGAGGCAUCACCCAUUAGCAAACAGAAGUGUAUUUGGAAUGUCUGGUGUAAAUUUUCCUGACCAAAAAUAUGCCACUAAACAGAAAAAAAUUGUACUGGGUACUACACCGAAUGUUCUAGGUAUAAAUUUAGCAGGACCUAAAAUCGAUUUUAAUGAUUACGUUGACACUAAAAAACUGGGUGAAAUGUUGGAAGUGUUGUAUCACCAACACAUGUCGCAUUUACUACCCACAUCGAAACACCCUGUUCCAGUUACAACAAGACAUAAGUGGAUAGGACGCAAUGGUGACGUUGACAUCAACCGUCCAAUGAUGACCACGCCAUUGUUUGAUGAAGACGAUGGUGACGUAGGCAAAGGUAGUGACGCAUCAUCUGAAAACUACGAAGAGACGGAUUCAGAUGAAGGCAUGAGCAUUGAAGUAAAAAGGGCAACAAUAAAACCCAUUUAUGGAACUACACAACUUGUGACAGACUCUGGUGAAAACAACAACAAAGAUUAUGAUGAUAAAAACGUUAAAACUACAGGAAAAUUAAGCCCUACCAAAUAUGACGAUUACUUAAAUAUAUUUUUUGCUUUGGGAAAGAAGGCUAUUGAAGAUUCUGAUCGUACAAAUAAUGAAGAUGAAUAUUCCAAUCCAAACAAUGUGGUUUGGAUAUCAGAGGAUGAGUUUAACUUUAGUCAGGAUCCUGAAAGUAUUGACUUGAAUAUCGCAAACACAUUCACGAGAGCACGUUAG